AAGGACAGAGGGAGGGAGAGAGGGAGAGAGGGAGAGACACCCAGAUGCCUCACUCCUCCCCAGACCAGCCCUACAGGAAUGCCUCGCUCCUGCCAGGUGAGAGGCAGCCAAUGGCAGAGUGGCCGGUGUGAUGAAAUGCCGUCAAACCUGCAGGGGCAGAGAGGAGAGCGAGGGUGUGUCUACGCGGUCUGAGACACAGAGGAAGGCACGCUCUCACACAAGACCGCACACUCACACACACACUCACGGACUCAGGAGACUUCCCCAGAGGCUCUAGCAGUUCCCUCGCUGUUGUCUGACAGACGUUCUCCUGGCUCCGGGCUUCGGUGCGUCUACGCCUCACGGGAACAUGGCGGCAGAACCGUCAGAACAGGACGACCGCUACAUGCUCAACGGUACCUCCGAUCGGCCACCGGGGGAUUCUUUCAUCCACGACAUGGAGCUGAGGGAGGAGUGGCAGGAUGAGGAGUUCCCCAGACCACUCCCAGAGGACACGGGGAGACCGGAGAGUGAGGAUGAGAUCUCAGCGACCGAUGCCAGACCAGCGCCGCCCAGCAGUCUCGCCCUAUCAGGGACGGUUGUGGGCGGGGCAAAGAAGAGAUUGGCCGCCGCGCACCUCAAUCUCAGCCUGAGCAACAGCCGGGGCUCGGGGGAGGAGUUCUAUGGCCACGCCUCCCUGUCGCCCACGCCGGAGGAGACGCCCUCCCUGGACGUCUACCUGGAGGCCCUGGAGACGCCCUCCGACAGCGAGUCAUGCACCUUCCCCGACAACAUGACGGACCUGGAGUGGGAGGACGACCUCCCCCGGGUGGGCCGGGGCGGGGGGGCGUCGGGGGGCAGCAGCCAGACAGGGGCGGAGCCCUCGGAGGGGGGCGGGGCCGAGCAGGACGAGGUGGACGCGGAGGGCCGGCGCUGGAGGCGGUUCACCGUGGCCGGGCAGCAGGACCACGUCGACAUGGGGGUCCUGGAGCCGUACCUCCAGGUCCUGUCCCACGGAGGUUACUACGGCGACGGCAUGAACGCCAUCAUCCUCGUCUCCGCGUGCUACCUGCCGGAGAACACGGUGGCGAACUACGACUACGUCAUGGAGAACCUGUUCAGGUACAUCGUGGGGACCCUUGACCUGAUGGUGUCAGAGAACUACAUCCUGGUGUACCUCUGUAGCAUGGCCCCACGGAACAAGCUACCCACCAUCCGCUGGCUGCACCAGUGCUACACCUCCAUCGACAGGAGGCUGAAGAAGGACCUGAAGGGUCUUCUGGUGGUGCACCCGGCCUGGUACAUCAAGGCCAUGCUCACCCUGGUCAAGCCCUUCAUCAGUGAGAAGUUCAGCAGGAAGAUCUGCUUCAUCCGCAGUCUGGAGGAGCUGGCCGAGUACAUCCCCACCGAGAGCCUGCUGAUACCCACACACAUCAGGGAGAUGGACAAGAAGUUGAAGAGGUGAAUCUGUGGAGGCUGAGAGGACGCACACGCACACACUCGCACACAGUGGCGGACUCAGACUGUUUGAAGAAAAAAUAAAAAGGGCACAUUCUUGCUCUAGAGGACGCAUCGUCAUAAUUUAUUGCAUGAAGGGGCACUAGAGGGCACCCAUUCAUAUUUCUCACAUGUUAAGGGCAGCCAAUAAGGUACUUUCUCUCGUAGUCACCACUCUAGAGGGCACUUUUUCAACCAUGGAGUGCGGCGCUGUAAGGACAUUAACAGCUGGGCGUUAUCGAAUUUUCUUAUCUAGAGGGCUCAUCAUCAUAAUUUAUUGUAUGAAGGGGCACCAGAGGGGACCCAAUAAUUUUUUUCACAUGUUAAGGGCAGCCAAUAAGGCACUGUCUCUCGUAUUCGCAACUCUUUAGGGCACUUUUUCAACCAUAGACCCCCUCCCCCCAAGUCCGCCACUGCUCGCAAACACUUGAAAACUGUAAAUAAAUGUAAAUAUGUUUAUUAUUAUUAUUUUUAAUAAUAACUGUAAAUAUCUAUGAAGGGAGGUAAUAUAUUCAAAAUGGUCAUUUUCUUACAUAUUUUUCUGUCCAUAAUUUUACAUCUUUAGUAAUAGUUUCUGCGUACUUUUCAUCAUGGAACAAAAUUCACAACAUUUCGUUUUUCAAUCAUUUUCUUCUUACUGUUAUUUACAAGAUCACAAUCUUGCCUAAAGCAAACCUGUCUCUCCUGCUGGCUGUCAUAAAUAAGUCAGCAUGUCAUGCUAGAAGACAGAUGAACGUUCGUCUAUGGAGUCAACAGAAACAGUGUUUUAAGAUAUAUUCUUAAUUGUCAUUAAUACAUUCGUAAAAUGCUGGACAUGUUUAAUGGCCUCAUUUGGUAACAAUAAAGUGGUUUGGCAUCAUCAUA